CCACUUCCUGUCUCUCCACUUAGUCUCUCCGAUUUGGUGGUGGGCUGGUUGAAGAUGGAAUCCAUGGAGGAACGCAGGCCUGGGUCUUCGAAAGCCUAUGUGCCAGCCCAGAAGUGGCACUGUGAAAGCAUCUGUAGCAUCAAUCAAGUGGGCUUGGAUUUGGACAUUCUCGAGAUGAUGCAUUUGGAAAGAUGAUAUGCAGGUAGUUGGUAGAUCGUGUGGUUCAACUAAUUUCUAGAUAGAAGCUGAUGGAUUUGAUACCAGAGCAAUGACGUUUCAGAGACCAAAACUAGAUCUGAGUCUGACUUCUUUCCCAGCUUGGAAUUCUUGGGUGUUGUAAGUCCUGGAUAUACAACAGAUGAUGACAACAUUUUUCUUUUGUGGAGCACUCCAGAAAAGAGCCAGUGAAGGCAGUGAAAGGUUUGCCAUAACAAGAGGACACAAUGCCACUAAGAAGGAGGCUUUUAGCCAAAUGGGUUGGAAAUGUGAAACGGACUCUAGAGGAAAUUUGAGACUGACUUUGAAACUGACUUAGUUUUGAAACCCUAAGGUUUGGGGAAUCAAUGGUCUUGAUGAAGAAGCAGGAAGAGAUCAUGUUGCAGUACAAAGGAUUCUUUUCAGCAUCUGGAGACCUCACUUUCUAUUAUGUCUUUGUGUGAAGACAUGCUGCUUUGUAAUUAUCGCAAGUGUCGUCUCAAACUCUCUGGUUAUGCGUGGGUCACUGCCUGCUCUCACAUCUUCUGUGAUCAGCAUGGCAGUGGUGAGUUUAGUCGUUCACCAGCUAUCUGCCCUGCCUGCAACAGUACCCUUUCUGGAAAGCUAGACAUUGUCCGCACAGAACUCAGUCCAUCAGAGGAAUAUAAAGCCAUGGUAUUGGCAGGACUUCGACCAGAGAUUGUGUUGGACAUUAGCUCCCGUGCACUGGCCUUCUGGACGUAUCAGGUACAUCAGGAGCGUCUCUAUCAAGAAUACAAUUUCAGCAAGGCUGAGGGCCAUCUGAAACAGAUGGAGAAGAUAUACACUCAGCAAAUACAGAGUAAGGAUGUAGAAUUGACCUCUAUGAAGGGGGAAGUCACCUCCAUGAAGAAAGUGCUAGAAGAAUAUAAGAAAAAGUUCAGUGACAUCUCUGAGAAACUUAUGGAGCGAAAUCGUCAGUAUCAAAAGCUCCAAGGCCUGUAUGAUAGCCUUAGGCUGCGAAACAUCACUAUUGCUAACCAAGAAAGUAUGCUGGAACCAUCCAUGAUUGCACAAUCUGGUGUUUUUGGCUUUCCAUUAGGGAACAACUCCAAGUUUCCUUUGGACAGUACACCAGUUCAAAAUCGGGGUGGUGGAGAUGGAGAUUUUCAGUUCAGACCAUUUUUUGUGGCUUCUCCCACAGCACCUGAACCCAGCAACAGCUUUUUUAGUUUUGCCUCCCCAGGUCGUGAAGUAGAGCAGCAGCAAAUCUCUAGCAGGGCCUUUAAAGUGAAAAGAAUUUAGCUCAUUUUACAGAAUGUUUCUCUUAUCACUUUCAGUGGUCUCAUUUAGCAAAUUACCUUUAUUCUAGUUAGGGUAGGAGUCCCCAUCAUUGUGCUGUUAUAUUUUUAUGAGAGACUCAGUGUCUGUAGGAAUGGCUUUAGAGUCUGGUUUCUUUUUCUGUUUCCAUUAUUUAAGACAUGAGCAUUAUAUUAAACUCAAUUUUAUUGUGAACUGUUAAGUUUUCACCAGCAAUGAAAAGGGUAUAAUAUUUUUGACUGUUUUGUAGAUCACCAUUUGUUUUCUUUCUGGACUACAUGCUUAUUUAUGAUGUAUGUGUAUAUAAGCACUGUGGUAUAUGUCUACAUGUCACUUUGGGUUCUGGUAUUUAUGCAUAUAUGUAUAUAUGUGUUCCUUUAUAUUGGUAUUUUGCUGUAUUUGCCAGUGUAUUUAUAAGAAGAUUUUGGUUUCUGGAAAUGGCAGGUGAAUCUGUAGCUCGUUAUUUGGCCAUGUAUAUCUAUUUGUAUAUAUUUAUUUAUUUGCCCUUGUGUUAGUUUGUGGAGGUGUGUUCAUGUCAGUGAAUGAGAGUACAAUUUGAUGCAUGUAUAUGAAGUCUUAUAUUUCUUUUUUAAAAAGAUUCAUAUUGAUAAAGUUAUUUUGUAAAGUUGAUUUUUGGCAUUUAUUUUAAAAUAAAAUUACUUUUUCUUUACCCUUUUGCCAGCAGUUGCCUUGGGCCUACUUACGCAGAAAAUUUAAACAAUAUAUUAUUGAUCUCAAGAGAUUAUAUUAAUUAAAAUACUUUUAAAGAUUUA